CGUCUUAUGUUUCUGUAACAAUGUUUCUCCGUACUUUAGAAGUUAUUUUUUUCUUUUAUUUUGCCUCACACAUUCCUAUUACUCUCUUCAUUGAUCUUCAAGUACUACUACCAGAACACGUGUAUCCUCAGCCAUUUAAAGACGUCCUGCGUUGGUAUGCAUCUGAAUUCAGAGACCCCAUGGUGCUGGACCCACCUGUUUGGUUUAAAUCUUUCAUAUUUUGUGAAGCACUUGUUCAGCUGCCUUUCUUUCCUAUCGCAGCAUACGCCUUUUUCAAAGGAAACUGCAAAUGGAUCAGGACCCCUGCAAUCAUAUACUCAGUGCACGUGGCCACCGCCUUAAUCCCCAUCCUAGGACACAUCUUACUCUAUAACUUCCCAUUGGCACCUCUUCCAGGUCCGCAGACGUCCAAGGAGAGAUGGACACUGGUGUCUGUUUAUGCUCCAUACCUCAUCAUCCCCCUCUUACUGCUUCUCACCAUGCUUUUCAGCUCCACAUAUAAUUCUGCCUCUACAAAUCUCAAGGCUUCGUCCAAGAGCAAGAAGCUGAGAUAAAGUCUGCGGAUUUCAAUAGAUUGUAUUUCUUUUUUUCUGAUUUUGUCAAAAACAAGGAUUGUUUCGUAAAGAUGCCUUUACAAUAUCCUGAAAAUUACGUAUUUUUGAAGAUUGAUCAUUUGACCAGAAUCAUGUAUCGUUGAUUGAUGAAUGAAAUCACUGUGACCAUCACUGCUAUCCACACCACAAAGCUGUGAUUUGAUAACGUAGACAUAUAUGAGCAAAAAUAGUUUUAUUCAAAUAUACAUCAUGUUUACAUCGAGUCAUCGUGUCAACACGAACAGUACUUUGACAAUAAGUAUUGUGUAAGAAUUUUAAUAAAUGUAUUGUAAACAAAGUAAAUAAAUGCACUGUUUGAGUACAAAAUGUCCAGAACCUUUAAAAUGUACCUCCUUUUGUGGUCCCAUGAACUAUCAAGGGUGUUGAAAAAUUAAAGAAAAUCAAAUCAAAGCUUUCAAAUCACAAAAAGGAUACAAAAUAUACAGAUAA